CCCAGGAAAGUGCCUCUUCCACUUCCAGCCAUCAUUCCACCCAUCUACGACUCCAAGAGUGCCAUUUGUUUAUCCCACCAACCCCUCCCCUUUCCUUUUCUAAAACCCCCAUCCACACCUCUCUCUCUCUCAGAACCCCUUACCCCAACCUUCUCCUCUUCCAUAUCCUCCCUUCCUCCCGUCUCCACCAUAUCAAGAAGACUAUAAUCCUCCACUCCAAGUCCAUUCCACAAAGCACUAGCCAUUGCCCAUAACUUUUUUCAAUUUUUCCUUGGUAACAACAAUGGUUUCGGCUAGCAAGUGUGCAUGGGUCCUUGCCCUUUGGCUCCGCCUGGCCAUGUUGCAAGGGAGUGGGGCUCAGGUGGGUGCGCCCUCACCCUCCAUGGACUGCACCCCUGCUCUCCUCAGCCUGGCUGACUGCCUGACCUUUGUGGAGCAAGGGAGCAACGUGACCAAGCCCCAGGGGCACUGCUGCUCUGGCUUCAAGAAGGUGGUUAAGAAGGAGGUGGCCUGCCUCUGUGAGGCCUUCAAGGGGAGUUCAAACUUUGGGAUCAGCCUCAACAUAACCAAGGCCCUGACCCUCCCCUCUGCCUGUGGCGUCUCCACUCCUCCUUUCAGCAAGUGCAAGAUUGCAGGAGUGCCUGGUGCAGCCCCUGCCCCAUCACCAUCCAGUGGAGCACCUGCAUCAUCUGGAAGUGCUUCAACGGUGCCAACUCCAUCACCAAAUUCAGGCGCCCGAGCUUUAUCGGCCCCAUCCUUUGUUGUUGUUCUUGCUGCUGCAGCGGUUGCUCUUUUCCAGUCGAUAUGAAACGAGUCCCUUUUGGCGGUGUUGCUGGAGUUGUAUCCGAGGAUUUCUUUUGGUUUCAUUGAGCUUUCAGUUUGGUAGUGUUCUCAGAUUAAUGUCAUCAUCUACCAUUUAUGUUAGACUAUUUUAGUUCUAGUAGAGUUCGUGUCUAAUGCUAGA